AGUUGACCAGUUGCUGGGUGGGGAUUGGAAUGACGCAUGUCGGCAUGGAAAAAAUGAGAUGUGAGAUAGUCUUGGUAGGAGAUAUUAACUUUGAUGUCUCUGCCUCCACAUCUCCAUUCUUUUGAGUUUUGACAACCUCUCAUCUGCUCAUGUCAAUGGUGUCUGCAACAUCCUCUGGUCCUCUGCUAAAUAAUACCAGCUUCUAUGAUGUUUUUAUGAGCUUUAGAGGCCAAGAUACUCGCAACUCUUUUACCGAUCAUCUCCAUGCAACUUUAGAGCGAACAGGAAUUCGCACCUUCAGAGAUAAUGAUGAAAUCAACAGAGGUCAAGAACUCGAACCGGAAAUCGAGAGAGCAAUCAAAGAAUCCAAGGGUUCAGUGGUUGUACUGUCAGAGAACUACGCGGAUUCCAGAUGGUGCCUUGAUGAGCUUGUUUUAAUCCUUGAACAAAGGCGACGCUUCAAUCAUUUUGUUUUACCCGUUUUUUACCAUGUGGAACCCUCAGAUGUCAGAAACCAAAGACAUAAUUUCGCGAUUGAAGUAGACGACGGAGUAGAAGGGUCAAAAUGGACAGAGUAUAAUGUAAAUCGAUGGAAGGCAGCCCUUACAGAGGUUGCUGAUUUGACCGGUGUUGUUGUUUCCGGGCCUGAAACAGAGUCUAUCACCAAAAUUGUUGAUGCAAUCGACUCUGAACUAGAUUUGAAACUAGUUAGUACUCCAGCACAUCUAAUUGGAAUAGAAACUCGAGUUACAGGCAUCGAUUCCUGGUUGAAAAAUGAGCAAUCUGGUGAUAAUUUUCUAGCGAUUUGUGGCAUGGGAGGCUGUGGGAAGACGACACUAGCUCAAUUCAUUUAUAACUCACACAAGCCAAAAUUUGAAAGCAGCAGUUUUCUUGAAGAUAUUGGAAAGCACUACGAACAGCCUCAUGGUUUGCUUGGGCUACAGAAACAGCUUCUCACAAACGUUUUAGGGGGAAAGAAUCAAAGAAUAUCAGGCGUGUCUGAGGGUACACGUAAGGUUGAGGAGGCCUUACAAGCAAAAAAGGUGCUUAUUGUUCUUGAUGACAUUAAUGAUCAUGACGUGUUAAAUGUUUUACUUGGAACAAGUACGUUACAUACACAAAGCAAGAUCAUAAUAACAACUAGGCGUCUAGAUAUGCAUGCAUCGUUUUGGCCCAUAUCCAGGGGAUGCCUGUUGUACAGACUCGAAUUGAUGAAUAAUCAUGAAGCAUUAGAGCUUUUAAGUUGUCAUGCCUUCGGAUCCAAAGUUCCUAUGGAAGGUUUCAAGGAGCUCGCUAUACAGUUAGCCCAAUAUUGUGGUGGAAACCCACUGGCUCUUAAAGUACUGGGUUCGUCUCUAUUUGUUAACCCUGAAGACCCAUGUGAAAGAAGUAGCUUAAUAGAGAUUUGGAGAAGUAGAUUGAAUUCACUGAAUUCAUUGAAAGGAGAUCUUGACUUUAAAAUCCACAGUAUACUACAAAAGAGCUUCGACUCCUUGCCGAGUUCUAGUAACAAAGAGUUGUUUCUGCAUAUUGCUAUUUUCUUUGUUGGUGAAUAUGAGGAUUAUGUGGUAAAGAUAUUGGAGCAUGACUGGCAUGCAAAAUCUGGGAUCAGGACCCUGGUUAACAGAUGCCUUCUUACUGUCUCAUCAAGUAAGAAAUUAAUGAUGCAUCAACUGGUUCAAGAGAUGGGAAGAAAAAUAGUCCUUGAAGAGUCUAAAGAUCCUGCAAAACGUAGUAGAGUGUGGCAAUAUUAUGAAUCGUAUCGUAUGUUGGAAAAAGGAGAGGGAUCAGAAACAAUUGAAGGUCUGGCACUUGACGGGGCUACAUUUCCAAACCAAAUUCCAACAACCUCUAAAACAGAUUCAUUUGCAAAGAUGGAUAACCUAAAAUUGCUCCAGCUCAAAUAUGUGAAACUCACGGGGUCCUACAAGAAUUUUCCAGAUUUAAGAUGGUUGUGCUGGCAUGGAUGUUAUUUUACCAAAAUACCCUCGGGCUUAUUGAUGAGCAGCUUGGUGGCUAUAGAUAUGAGUUAUGGAAACUUGAUAACGUUUGAACCUCCCAUGGUUCUUAAUUCGUUGAAGAUUCUGAAUCUCAAAGAGUCUUGCAAACUUGUCAGUAUCGACAAACUUUCACGGCUUCCCAAUCUUGAGACUUUGAUUCUCUGGAACUGUAGCAGUCUGACUCACGUUUGUGAAACCAUUGGAGGCCUUGAGAGUCUUGUUCUAUUGGACUUUACUGGGUGUAAGAAUCUAUGGAAGGUUUCAUCGAACAGGAAUAACAUAAAUCUACUUAAAAGGCUAAAAACUUUAUGUAUUGGUGGAGGAAUUCAAAAACAGUCCUCGUUUUCCUUACCAGACUCGUUAAAGUUUUUGUUUCUCAACAACUGCCACCUUGGGAACAACAAUGAUGUUCCAUUGGUUUUUAGUGGCCAGCCAUUAUUUUACAUGAAUUUAGGCAAUAAUAUGUUUAAAAAACUUCCCAGUUACAUUAAUCUUAAAACGCUCCGGGUACUCGAAUUGACUUUUUGUCCAAAUAUUAAAUCCCUCCUAUGUCUCCCAAGUACCCUAGAAGAGUUGUAUACAUAUUGGUGCUUUUCACUGAAGAAGAUAACAUUCGAAUCACAUCGCUUCAGAUUGAGGAAAUUUAUGUAUCAAAGUUGUAGCGGAUUGUUUGAAGUUGAAGGCCUUUUCAAAUUGGUGUCGAUAGCACAACUUGAUGAAGCAGAAUUAGGACAUAUGAAAUGGAUUAAAACUUAUAAAGCUUGUCGAGUGGACCUCGUCGGUGAUGAGAUCAGUAGAGAUAUAAUUUGGCAUACCCCGGUGUGUUUGUUCGAAUAUGGUAUUGUGAGCACAUUUCUACCACACAUACAGGAUCAAAGCAUAAGAAUGUCCGAUAAUUAUAUGUCAUCAUCUCCGUUCUUAUCCUUUCAUGUGCCUUGUUGUCCUAAGAAUCGAAGAAUCCAAGGAUUAAAUGUAACCUCCUUAUAUAGACCAUCAGGUGAUGAUGAAGAUACAUGGGUUUUGUUCACCAAAAUCAGUAAUACAACCAAGGGCCUUACUUGGAUGUACAACCCUGUGGUCUCUUGCAAACCUGGAUUCGGUGAAGAUGCUGUGUGGUUAAGCUAUUGGCCAAUUGGAAACAUGUUAGACACUGGUGAUGAAAUUAGUGUGUCCGUUAUUGUGGGGAAUGGAUUAAUAGUAAGCGGGUGUAGUGCCAGCCUUGUGUACAUGGAUGGUGAAGUAGAGUUAGAAAAAGGAAAAAAUUACACGAAAGUGGAAGAAGUUAUUGGAGGAGAUUUAUCUGAAUUUGAGUUGACUACAGGAAAGUACUAUCUCUGCCGCCGUGAUUUCUUCAAGUCAACAAUCCCUGAUUGGUUAAAGAUGUUAGUUGGUGAUGCCACAGGGUUAAAAGGAUGGAGAAAAUAUCGUCAGACACAGCACUUAGACGUGUCAUUUAUGAAGCUGGAAACGUUUAGACCCUACGAUUUUCCCAAUAUGAAAGCAUUAGUGUAAAAAACUUCCACCAACGAGGGAUGAAGGCCAAAGUGCUUACAUGAAAGGAAGGAUGUAUUUGGUAGCCAACUUCUUAUUGGUCCUUAUUUCCUUAGAUGAUUGUGUUGAACAUUUCCCAUGAGGAGCAAAUUUAGGAAAGUUUCCUUUCCUUAGUUUUUAAGUUCAUUCCGUACAUGCUUUUAGAGUUCAAUUAGGAUUCUAAUUAUGUAAAGAUGCAUUACCAUAUGUUAUCCAAGAGCAAUUAUGCAGCAUGGGCCAUAAAGGUGAAGGUCUUUAUGAAGGCUCAAGAAUUGUGUGAAGAAAGACAAGAAGGCUCUAGCCGCCAUCUAUCAAGGAAUCCCGAAAGACUUGUAGUCAAUUGUGAAGAAGAGAACGACAAUGGAAGCAUGGGAAAUGUUGAUGGUGAUGUACAUGGGUGCAGGGUAAGGACUAUAAAGGUCCAAACCCUAAGGGCAGAUAAAGGCAAAAUGUGAUAUCCUACAUACAAAGGAAUCGGAGACUAUAGAUGAUUUUGCCAUGAAGGUUAAUAACCAUGGACGAAUAAUAUGUUGUGAAAAAGUUACUUGAUUUUGUAUCAGGUAAGUUCUUGCAAAUUGCUUUAACAAUCCAACAAUUUGUAGAUCUUGAUACGAUGAUUGCAGAGAAGGUUAUUAGGAGAUUAAAGCUCAUGAAGAAAGGGUGUGGUAGAUGAGAAAAAGCAGUUUUACUGAUAGUAAUAGCAAGAUAAUAGCGACAAACUACCUAUAUUCUAUGUAGCGAUAGCGAUGAUAUAGCAACGGCUAUUUCAUUUUUAGCGAAUUUCUAUUGAAAAUUAAUAUUACUUUUUUCUUCACCGAAUUAGCAAUUAUAACUAAUAAAUAAGAUAAAAGCCAAGACUAUUAGUUCAAGUAAGUUUUAAAACACACGUAUUACCAAAAAUAAAUAAAUAAAUAAAUAAAUAAAUAAAAACAAGUGUUAAUUUAAGAUAGUGGAUGCUCUCUUUGACUUAGUCAACUAA